AUGUCAGCGACAACAGUCAAAAAUUCACUAUCUUUUGUUAUGCCAACAACAGAUAUAUCUUUAUUGGAUUAUACAGAAAUUGAUCAAAGUUUAAAUUUAUGGUCAGAUAUAUUUCCAAUAAUUGAAAAACAAAUUGUAACACUUACAACUGUUGCUCAAGAAAUGCAAGAGUGUCCAGAACGUCAAAAAUAUGUCGAUGCAUUAAUGAAAAUUGCCAUGCGGGUUAAUGAUGUCGAAGAUAAAGCAACAACAUGUAUUAAAGAAGCUCGAACACAAUUGAAAAAGACAAAACUGGUUGAUAAACACAAUGAUACUCAAAAAAAAGUUAAUCGUUCAAAAGUUCGUAAUAAUAAAAAUGACGAUGAUGACGAUGACGACGAUGAUGAUGAUGAAAGUGAUAAUGAAAUGGAAAUUGAUGAAUCACAAAUUGAUGAACAAAUUGAAGUUUCUGCAUUAACAAUAGAUAGUUUAGAAAAAUUACAAAAUCGAAUGACUAAAGUACUUGUCAAACAACCUGAUGAAAAUUCAUUUAAUAUCGAUGCUGAUAAUCGUUACGCUGAUUUUGCUGAAUGUAUUUCCAAAAUGCAAAAUGAUGGUGACGAUGAUGAAGAUAAUAAUGAUGCUAAUGUUGUUGAUCAAGUUGUUUCCAAUAAAUGUCCAUUAACACAAAAAGAAUUCGUUGAACCCGUACAAAAUAAAAAAUGUAAACAUAAAUAUGAAAAACAAACUGUUUUGAAAUAUAUAGCUGAUAAAAAUAAAUCCAGACGUCCAGCUAAAUGUCCAUCGGCUGGUUGUAAUAAUAUUCUCACUGAAAAAGAUCUUAUGAAUGCUUAA